AUGGUCUGUGACACACACCGCAGCAGAAGCAGCAGCGCUACCAUGAGAGGAAGUGUGUGCUUCAGUGCCGUGUUCCUCAUUUUCACAAGCCAUGGCAGCCUCUCGCAGGCCACGACAGCAACCCCUAAUGAAGCAGAGCUGAACGACAACAUCACAGUAUUCACUCGGAUCCUGGACGGACUGCUGGAUGGCUACGACAACAGACUGCGUCCGGGACUGGGAGAAAAGGUGACCGAGAUCAAGACCGACAUCUUUGUCACCAGUUUUGGUCCUGUGUCUGAUACCGAGAUGGAAUACACAAUCGAUGUGUUUUUCCGCCAAAGUUGGAAAGAUGAGCGCUUGCGCUUCAAAGGGCCCAUGGGAAUGCUGCCUCUGAAUAACCUGCUGGCCAGCAACAUCUGGACUCCUGACACCUUCUUCCUGAACGGCAAGAAAUCCAUUGCGCACAACAUGACCACGCCCAACAAGCUGCUGAGGCUGCAGGACGACGGCAUGCUGCUCUACACCAUGAGACUGACCAUAUCAGCGGAGUGUCCGAUGCAGCUGGAGGAUUUCCCCAUGGACGCUCAUGCCUGUCCUCUCAAGUUUGGGAGCUAUGCCUACCCGAUCUCAGAGGUAGUGUACAAGUGGACCCAAAACGCAACCAAUUCCGUGGUGGUGGCGGAGGAUGGCUCACGACUCAACCAGUACCAUCUAAUUGGCCAGACAGCUGGCACUGAGGACAUCAACACUAGCAGAGGCCUCUACACAGUGAUGAUGGCUCACUUCUAUCUGAAGAGAAAGAUUGGAUACUUCGUCAUCCAGACCUACAUGCCAUGCUUCAUGACCGUCAUCCUGUCCCAGGUCUCAUUCUGGCUGAAUCGGGAGUCUGUCCCUGCCAGGACGGUGUUUGGCGUGACCACAGUGUUGACCAUGACCACACUGAGCAUCAGCGCUCGAAACUCUCUGCCCAAAGUGGCCUACGCUACAGCCAUGGACUGGUUCAUCGCCGUGUGCUACGCCUUCGUUUUCUCCGCCCUCAUUGAGUUUGCGACCGUCAAUUACUUCACCAAACGCAGCUGGGCCUGGGACGGCAAGAAAGCCAUGGAAGCUCAACAGCCCAAAAAAAAAGACCCGCUGGCACUGUCCAAGAAACCCAACAACACAUGCUCCACUGGCAUGAACUUCACAGCCAACAUCACCAAAGACUCCGCCAUCGCCACCAUCUCCAACAGCACCACCGUGCAGAUGAAGAGCUCCGAGAGCAAGUCCGUGCCAGACCCCAAAAAAACGUACAACAGCAUCAGCAAGAUCGACAAGAUGUCCCGGAUAGUGUUCCCUGUCCUCUUCGGUACCUUCAACCUCGUCUACUGGGCCACGUACCUCAACAGGGAGCCGGUGAUUAAAGGGGCGGUUUCACCUACAUAG